CAUCAGUGUGAUGUCACCAUCCCGCAUGAGCCCGUCCCUGCUCCUUGUUGUGGCGCUAUUGUAGUCAUUGUAGUGUCGUGAGUGGAGGCAGUGCGCCCACUCCUGUGCAGCUCGGGAUUGUCGGGAUCAGAAGACCUCAACCAUGACGGUGAAGAAGCGCGCGUCAGACCUGACGAGCCUGGAGCGGUUCAACACGUACUACAAGGAGGAGGUGGACCCGGCCACCGCGGGCGAGCGCGCGCGCCGCUUCCUCUGGAACCCUAAAACCAGGGAGUUCUGCGGACGGACCGCCUCCAGCUGGUCAAAAAUCAGCCUGUUCUACUUCAUCUUCUACCUGGCUUUGGGCAUCCUCGUAGCGAUCUGCAUGUGGACAUUCCUGCAGUUCCUGGACGAGCGACAGCCGACGUGGCAGCUGGAGGAGAGCAUCAUCGGCACCAACCCCGGCCUCGGCUUCCGGCCCAUGCCCUCGGAGGAGCUCAGCAGCAUCGUGAGGUACCGGGGCAACGACCCCGGCAGUUAUAACACUUGGGUGCAGAAGCUGUCGACGUUUUUGACACUCUACAAGCGAGACGGCAAAUCCGGCCGAGCGGGAAAGAACAUCCACAACUGCGACUUCAAGCUGCCCCCUCCAGCGGGCAAGGUCUGCGACGUGGACAUCAGCUCCUGGGGUCCUUGCACGGAGGAGAACGGGUUCGCCUACAACAAGUCCACUCCCUGCGUCUUCCUCAAGCUCAACAAGAUCUACGCGUGGAAGCCCAAGUUCUAUGAGAGCUCUGAUGCGCUGCCUGAAGCCAUGCCGAAGGACUUGAAGGAGCAUAUCAGGAAUAUGACGGCGUAUGAUAAGAAUUAUCUGAAAAUGGUGUGGGUGUCCUGCCAAGGCGAGAACCCGGCGGACCGGGAGAGCAUCGGGCCCAUCCAGUACCUGCCCUACCGGGGCUUCCCCGGGUACUACUUCCCCUACACCAACCAGGAGGGCUACUUGAGUCCACUCGUUGCUGUGCACUUCCAAAGGCCGAAGACCGGUCUCCUGAUCAACGUGGAGUGCCGCGCGUGGGCGCACAACAUCAAGUACGACCGCCACGAGGCCAUGGGUUCCGUGCACAUCGAGAUCAUGAUCGAGUAGACUAUCGACAGCGUCAUCGUCGAGUGGACCAACGACAGCAUUAUC